GCGCUUGACGGCGGGCAGCGUCGCGAAAGCCCCGUGAAGGACGGCGGCGGGCCCGGUCGGCGAGGGGCGGAGCGGAGGCGGUUUGGAGCCCACGGAGGUGUCGCGGUAGGGUCAGUUUCGGGAGCAGGGUCGGUGUCGCGACAGCACCAUGCCGUUCUGGGACCUGCAGCGACAGCUGGGCAUCGACGUGGACCGGUGGCUGCUGCGGCAGAGCACGACGCAGCCGUACGGGGUGGCCGGGGCGUGCCACGCCUUCGAGCGGGAGUGGGUGGAGUGCGGGCACGGCCUGGGCCAGACCCGCGCCCGCCGCGAGUGCCAGCCCGAGUACGAGGACUUCAUGGAGUGCAUGCACCGCACCAAGCUGGUGAGCCCGGCGGCGGCUGCUGGACGGCGGCUCUGCGGUUGAAAAAGAUCCUGGAGCAGAGGGACAAGAUGAUCAAGGAGGGGAAGUACACCCCGCCCGAGUACCACAAGGGUGAGAAGGACACCCGGCCCUGAGGCACAGGGACCUGCAGGGACCCGACAGCGCUCGUCUGCAGCCAUGGAAGUGAAUCACCUGAAGGAGAGCGGCGGGCGCAAUGGGGUUCUGCUGCAGCCAUCCCACAUACGGCAGUGCUGGGGAGGGCUCUACCAACAGCUCGGAGCAAAGGGGAGCAGUGCAAGUGUUGGGCAUCGUUGCUUUGGCUAGUAAAUGUGUCCUUUGGAGCAGC